CCCUCUUCUGCCAUUUAAAAGCUCGGCUCUGAGGGCAAUGUGAGCCCAGCGCUCUGCAAACCAAAAUACGAGGUUGUGAGUAAAAUGAUGUAGCGUUUUCUGUGCAAAGAAGAAGAGGAAAAUAAACAGGAGAAGCAGGUGUUGCAUGUUUUUUUUUGUUUUUUUUUUUAAAUGGGAAAUCUGUUGGGCAGCUGGCGUUUCAAGGAGCCGAGCACCGUUGAGGAAUGCGACUCGACGUGGGGGUCGGACUCGGAGAGCGACGAGCCGGCGGGUGAAGAUGACAGCGGCAUCUCCGACUCCGUCAGCCCGGCGGAGAGCGACCGGGCCGCGGGAGACGCGUCCCCGCAGCUGACUGAAUCCCCACAGUCUGCUCCGAGGAUGAAGAGGAGUUUCUAUGCUGCCAGGGACCUCUACAAGUACCGUCAUAGCUACCCGAACUACAGAAAGUCCCGGCAACCCAACGAGUACCGCAACCUGCGCUUCUACCUGAACAAGAUCCCUCUGGUACCUGAUGGUAUCUACAUAGAGGAGAUUCUGACUAAGUGGAGAGGCGACUAUGACAAACUGGAGCACAAUCACACCUACAUUCAGUGGCUGUUCCCUUUAAGAGAACAAGGGCUCAACUUCUACGCAAAUGAACUGACUCAGGAGGAGAUCAAAGAAUUCCAAACCACUCGGGAAGCUAAGCGGAGAUUCCUGGCGGCCUAUUCCCUCAUGUUGGACUUCUACGGCAUCAAACUGCUGGAUAAGAGUGGGAAUGUCGCUCGGGCUCCCAACUGCCAGGAGCGCUUCCAGCACCUUAAUGAGUCCCAGCACAACUACCUGCGGAUCACACGCAUCCUGAAGUCCCUGGGUGAGCUCGGGUACGAGGCCUUCAAAGCCCCGCUGGUCCGUCUGUUCCUGGAGGAGGCGCUGUGCCGCAACACCCUUCCCAACAUGCAACACAGCGCGCUCGAGUACUACGUCUACACCAUCCGCCUGCCAGCCACCCGCAGACGCCUGCUCCGCUACGCCCGCCAGCACUACAGGCCUGCCCACGCCUUCCUCUGGGGUCCGCCGCCUAAGAGGCGAGGUGGUGGUGUCGGUGGCAGCAUAGGUGCUGGAAGUAGUGGGAUCAGGGCGCCGGCUCCAACGCCAGAGCGACAGAGGAGGGAGGAGGAGAGCACCACCGCCACCUCUGCCAGUAGCGGGAUUAUUGUGUCUUCCCAUGAUGCCAUGAUGUGCCAGGAGCUGGCUGGAGGAGGGCUGAAGGGCUGCGCAGGACUCGGCUCCAAUAUGGCCGGACUGGAGGGAGCGUUACUGAUGGUGGCAGCUAGAGCAGACAGGAACGAGUAUAACGACAUGGUUCCUCUGUAAGGAAUGAGGUUCGAUUGUUAGGCAGAAAACAAAAUGAACCGGUUCCAUUGUAAAGAAAAUUAUUGAUUAUGCCAGAACUUCAUUGUUAGACUCACAAAGCUUUUAUUGACAGUAAUCGUAGAACACAUUCGUAGAAUCUGAUCGUCAGAAUCAGUUCAGGUUAAGGGCUUACCAUAAAGAACUAGCAUGUUAUUUCUUUGCUGAUCAGUUUUGAAUUUGGGGCGGGACUGGUCACAUCCUGAGCCAAGACAAACAAACUCACCUCGGACCAAAUCCCAAAACCAUUUAAAACCAGUAGAGACCCAGACGUCUACGAAACAACUUAGACAUUAGAUCGCCUUAUUUAAUGAUCUAAACUGUCGGGGAGGUGCUCACUGAUCAUUUUAGAGCCAAAAGGUGUCUGCUGACGGGCGCGUUAGUCUCGCGAUGGUUUUGGGAAACAAAGUCCUUAUUACUGGAGCUCCGCUGAGCAACAAGCUGAGUGAAACCUACAAUGUGAAGAGGAGGUCAGGGAGUUGAACAGAACUGAGGACAGGGUGGCUAAUUUAUCAUAGCAAUACUUUAAAACCACAUUUUUUGAGGUCUUUACUUUGUUGUUAAUAAUAGCAGGCACAAUAUUUAUCUGCUCUGUGAGAGGUAGCUGCUCCCUCUGAAAAAUGUAUAUUUGUAUUAAUUAAUUGUACUAUUGAGCAAAGGAACAGGACUUGUCAGUGACGGGAUAUCUGUAAGAACCAGAGAGGCUUCUCAGUGACGUUGCUACUCUCCUGUGAACAGUGACUACAGAGUGCGGUGUCACCCAGAAGGCCUCUCUGUUCUUACAUAAGCAUGGGAUUGGAUGUGACUGGAGUUAAUGUGGUGAUCAAACAGGUGACGUGUGGUGUGUUGCACUUUUUUGACAAUCUGUGUCUUCCUGUUGAAUGCGCUGUUAGUUUUUCCAAAUCGAGAUUUAAAUGUGUAAUCUACAAAUGGUCAGGAACUCGCCGCGUCAUUAAUUGAUUGUUCUCAUGUCGUUUAGCCUUGCAAUAAUAGUUUGUUUUCAACCAGGCUACACAUAGGAGGAGGUGAUACUGUUAAUGCUUUCUGAAUAUAACCGUUAAAAGCUUCUAGGGGAGAGUUUGUAGAAGUGCAGCUGGUAGUAUAAUAUUUUUUUCCUGUAGAACUGUACUAUGUACUGUAAUCAGGCACAUCCUGGAAAUAAUAAUGAACAAUAAUAAUAAUAAUGUCACUUCAGUGCAGGUUUACCAGACGCAAAGCUGGACAGAAAACGCUCCUGUGUCAGUUAAGAGCUGUUCACACCUGCAGCAAACCUUUGGCUUCAAGUAAUGCUGCAGAAGGUCACAUUUACAUCUUCUUCUAAAAGGCUUAUUAUUGGGUGAGAAGAUUUUCUGUAAAUUAAAAGAAAAUCUACUUGGUUUGAACUGGUAUUUAUGAGCUAAUCAGCUGCGGUGAGAACAACCAAGCAUGCCACGAACCCGAGCUAACGUGGACUGUCCCAUAAACGCUGACCAGUAUUAUGAGCAAAAACUGGGACCUGGGAACCCUGUGUAAUGAGGAUGCAUGAGUCCUUUAAUUAGCAUGCAUAACGCCAACAGUAAUUUAACUGCUAACACCCAGACUAAUUAUUUCUUUUAGGGUUAGCAGCUGCUCAAGAGAGUGAAACAGGUUUUUACACUCACCUUCCGAAAUGUUAAGAAACAUCAUAUCAUCACCUUCAUCCUGUCAGAAGUUGACAGCAACACCUUGCUUGUGUUUAUUUUUUAUUUAUUCUGAACAGAUGGAUAUUGUUGGCAGACGAGUUAAGGUUGAAUCCUAGGCAUCGUUUCAAACAGACAUUUGAGUUCCUGGUUGCAAUAUCUGUGAAAUUAAAAGCCAUGUGAGGUGUUAAGACAGCUGCUCUUCCUGUUUAUUAUCAGCUGACGAGGUCUCUACGUUGCUCCCCAGCCAAGUGUAUCUGAUAUAAUUGUAAAAAAUAAUAACUUUUCAGGUGAAUUGUGUGACAACAUGGGCUCAAGUAUCAGAUUUUUUUUAGUAUGUGUACAUAGUGUGUGUGCGUGUGUAUGUGAUAUUCUUAAGUGCCUUUUUUGUAUUUUUUAUGUUUGUCUGUAUGCUGUAAGAAGCGUCUUUCCCAACUUAUUUCCUGUACAUCCUGUUUUUUGUACAGCUUUUUGAUAUUUACAUUAUUGUUUGCAUUAUAGUCAUAUACAGUAUUAAUGUACAGUAACAGCAGGAAUACUAAGAGUUGAUAUAGAUGAGAGGUGAAUAAUAUAUAAUACUUGAAAUUGUUUGUAUCUGGCCUGUUGAUUAUAAUGUGAUUGUUCAUUAUUCACUAUGCUUGCUGGUGUUUUCCCAGUGUUCUUUGAGCAUAGAUGGACACAAUAACUGGACAUUUGCCCUAAAAUGUGAAAUUUGCCACACUUGACUCAAAUAAAAAACGAGGAUGUGAGGA